UGUUCAGACAUGUGUUCAUGUUUUGGCUGAUCCGAUCAGAUUGUUCAGUUACUUCACUGUUCAGAGGAUUAUUUUAACUUACAAUGAUACGAAUUUGUCAAAAUGUUCACUAUGCAUUUUCUUUGACGUGAUCAUCACAAGACAUACCAAUUCGUGACAAGUUUGAUAUCAUUGACAGAUUUGAUCAGCUGAGAUGAUGGCAUUCAUGGCAGCAGCAAGAGCUGUCCUCCACAAUGUGCAUCACCUUCACAGUGAAGUGACACUGCUCAGACAGGUCUGCAGAAGGGUCACAUUACAUAGAUUGUGCAUUUCUCAUGUACGCUGCCAUGUAUCAGUGAAGAAUGGUCCCAGUGACAUCAACAGUCUACAUGAUGCCAGUAACUCAGAUAGGACAACUAAUCAUGAUCAAUCUACCACUUCUUUGGAAACAUCUGACAUCCAUGUGGAAGAAACUGAAGCUGAUUCCUCAAAGUCUAUGCCAUAUGCUAAUGCAAGCCAUGCUCUGAACAAAAGAAUAGUUAAGGGAUAUCCAGAUACCUUACAUCUGGAGCAAGCAUCAACUGUGGGUAUGGACUGUGAUUCGGAUGAUGAAAUAGAGUCAUCUUGGAUGUUUGAAGAAGAGGAUAAAAGUUUAGAACUAUCUGGUGCAGACUCUGAUGUAAUCAAUUCACAUCAGAUUUCAAAGCAUGUGGUAGAACCACAAUACCAUUUAUCUGCUUAUGUGAAUGAAUCUGAAACACUAUCCCAGCUUGUGAGACUGGGAGUUGAUCUGACUCAGUUACAGAGAGUUAAGGGUGCAGCCGAUAUGAUCAUUCAGCUGGAUUUUGAGACACAGGUUAAACCACAUCUGUUGUUUUGCAUGAUUGGUGUGCCAGAUUCGGACCUAGGAAGUUACAUUUCUAAGAACCCUAAGAUCUUUAAUGAAGAUUUAGAGGACUUGAGAGUUAGGAUAAACUAUAUGGAAUCCAAGAAAUUUUCCAAAGAGUCAAUAGCCCGCAUAGUAUCCAAGGCUCAUGUGUUCCUAUUGAUGCCAGUGAAGAUGGUUGAUGCCAAGCUGGGAUACUUGCAGCAGGAGUACCGACUCACAGGGAACGAGGUGAGGGCUGUGAUAACAAGACUGCCUAAGCUGGCCACAUGGAAUCUACAGAAACUCAAGGAUAACAGAUUCUACAUCAAGGAAUUCCUUGGGUUUUCUGAUGCAGAAUUAAAGCAGAUGCUUGUGAAAUAUCCCAAACUAUAUUUUGACCAGUAAUACGGCCUUGGUAGAAAGUUUGACUACCUUUACAACACAAUGGAGAUGUCCCACAACAAACUGGUGGAGUGGCCGCAGGUGUUCCGCUGUCGUCUCCACAUCAUCCAACAGAGGCAUCGCUUCCUGCUGAGCGUGGACCGGGCUCAGUAUGAACCCACCAAGGAGAACUAUGUGUCACUGAAUGCUCUAGUCACUGGCUCGGACCUGGCCUUCUGUGAAAAUGUGGCCAAAGUCUCAGUCUUUAAGUUCAAUAACUUCCUGAAAUCAAUUUAGUUGAUUGAGGCAUCCUUGAAUACCGUGUCCAUUCUGUUUUGAUAAAUCCACAGGACACUUUUGCCUCCACAACUCUGUCAUGAGCCCAGUUGACAGACACCAAACUAUAAACAGCCCUCCAGUGAAUUACACAAGAGAUACGAGUGGUGGAGGUGGUGAUUUCACUUCUGAAUUUAAGCUGUGGUGGUGUAUCAGUCCAGUGUAUUUUCAUGAUAGAAUGGAUGAUCAAUUACUGCAUUGUGAUAAAAAGACACAAUAUGUCAAUAUAUGGAGUAAAAAAAAUUGGAAGCUGAAUUUAACCUCCUCCUGCAUGAAUGAAGCUGGGAGGGUCUGCUCAAAUGGAGCAAGCCAUUACUGGAACUUGGAUUCCUUGUGGUGAUGGAGAUGAUUUCAGUGCCAGCAGUAAUAUCUUGAUGAAGAUAUGUGUGGUCAGUUGAAGUGGGUGGUUGUCUUCAGGCAUGUUGUAAUAAACCAUUUUCUGGUGCAGACAAUGAUGAUGUUUGAAAUGUUUUGGUGUGAUAAGUAGUGAAACUGUUUAGACAUUUCCUCUCAUUUCUGCAGUAAGCCUAUCCAUCUACUGCAGUGUGUGACCCUGGGUUUGGGACUGUGAAUGAUGAAUUUACCACCCAUCAGAUACACGUCCAUUUGUUAAAAAGGCACAACAUUAUCCAGACAAGAUAAAAUGGUUUGGAUAUCAAUUGCCAUCAGUUACAAUAUUGGUGCUGACAAAAACUUCAGCAUGUUCAGGCUUGGACCAAAACAACAACCUCUUCCAGCCUUUAUUGUCCUUUCAUGAAGUCAGUUUUCUGCCUGCAUGGAUAAGUACAUCCCAACUCAACCAUGGAUGGCAACCUUGACAUCUGGAAGGAAUAUUAAUAUGUGUGUAUGUGUACUUGUUACGAUUGAACUGAAUAAAUAAUCACCAACAAAUACUUUCCCAUAUGUUUACUGUAUAAAACAGGUGUCAAGGUCAAUCAUGAUAUACACAAUAAGUCACAGAUACACAAAUGGAAAACUCUCUAAAACCAGCGUAUGAUGAUUGCUACAUAAGUCCCCAGUUCCUAGCCUGAUGGUAAUCAAAAGGGUAAAACAGAUUGAUGAUGGAUUGCAGGGAUUUACAGGACACGAAUUGAUAAUGGA